AUGGAUUCUCUCACAAAAAUCGUCAAUGGCAGGGUCGUCACCAAUACCGAUGUCAAACCCCCCAACGGAUGGACCGUCAAUUAUGAAGACUUUGGCAGUCCAACUGAAUGGGGCGAUGAUGGAGAGGUCGCAGAUCUUGUCAGCGGUUAUGGCAUUUCCGGAGUGGUCAAGCCGCUGUUCAGGACCCGGUACAGCAGCAGCGAGGUCAUUUUUGUGAUUGAGAUCAACGAGCAGUAUUACAUCUACGAUGGACAGAGUGGGCGUGUGCAGCGAAUUGUUACGCCGACAGAUCUGACCGAGAUUGUGGAAUUUAUCAAUGAGCAGGGUUGGUUCAGGCUCGAAACUGAGGAUCUCGGAUGA